AUGCCAGUUUUGAAGGCUCGGUUAUUAAAAGUUGCGGAGUUAUCUGCAAAAAUAUUUGACGAAAACUUCAAUCCCACGGGAGCAAGAACAGGGGCCAAGAUUCUUUCUCAACGACUUAAAGGUCCAGCAAUAGCUAGUUAUUAUGGGAAUCCCGAUGUAUUGAAAUUCAAACAUUUGAAAACGCUCUAUCCGAACUUUCAAUUCACAGAUCCAGAAGAAAAUUAUAGAUUGGCGAAAAUUGAAGCAAAGAAACGUCGUGGUAAAGGUGCCCCUAAGAAGACAAAAAAAGGUGAUGUUAAAGGGAAAGGUAAGAAAUAA